AAGCAGUUCUCCGUCAUGAACCGCUUCAAGAAGAAGGCGAUGCGGGUGAUCGCGGAGCACCUGUCGGCGGAGGAGGUGGAGGUGAUCAAGGAGACGUUCGCGCUCAUGGACACGGACAACAACGGACGGGUCACGCUGGACGAGCUCAAGGCCGGCCUCGCCCGGGUGGGCUCCAAGCUCAUGGAGCCGGAGAUGAAGCUCCUCAUGGAGGCCGCCGACGUGGACGAUGAUGGCUACCUCGACUAUGCCGAGUUUGUCGCCAUCACCAUCCACUUGCAGCGCCUCUCCAACGACCAGCACCUCCGCAAGGCCUUCCUCUUCUUCGACCGCGACAGCAGCGGCUACAUUGAGCGCCCCGAGCUCGCGGACGCCCUCGCCGACGACUCCGGCAGGGCCGACGACGCCGUCGUCGACCGCGUCUUGCAGGAGGUCGACACCGAUAAGGAUGGUCGUGACAGCUUUGAGGAGUUCGUCGCGAUGAUGAAGGCCGGGACGGACUGGAGUCACUGGAGGAAAGCGUCGCGCCAGUACUCCAAGCAGCGCUUCAAGUCGCUCAGCAACAGCCUGAUCAAGGACGGCUCCAUCUCCAUGGCGCUGCUGACCAUCCAUCACACAUACAUUCAUAUUCCGACUGCAGAUGGUCGACCGAUGCGAUGCUUGGAUUAA